AUGGGCGUCUUUACCCAUCUAUUCCAAACCUACGCCUACCGGAGAGCAGCGGUCGACCAAGGCGUGAUUCCGGCGACUCGCAACUCUCGGCAGGAGACGGUCCCGGAUGCAGACUACUCGGAGAUAUUUCCACCAUCGCGGCGGCAUACCGUCUCGGAACUCCUUUGUACGCCCGAGAAUGAUGUCGACGACGUAUCCGUGCCCAACGGGCCGCUUCUGAGUAUGGAGUCGGACUAUCGUCACGCUGAUCCUUUGACCAAACUGUACAGCGGCUUCACCGUUGGUGAUGUCAAGGCGUUGGGAAGUUUCCCCGACUAUGCAAAGCUGUCCGGCGUUCCCGCACCUGCGUCUCUUCAGAAUUUCAACAUCGACACCGCUCGAGCAAGACCCUACCGGCCAUUCAGAUGGCCAUAUCACCAAACCAUGUCAUUACAAAGACUCGACCCGGAUUAUUGGCUAGAGUUGGAGAGCACCUACCGCGACCGCAUAGCUCAGCGUCGCCGUCUUUACCAACAGCACGGCAAAGACGUGCUGCAAGCCCUGCCGGGGUCAGAGCUCGCAUGCAAGGAGCUCAUGGAGAUGGCUUUGCAGUAUCUCACGCUGAAAUACCCGCACCAGUUCCAACUCAGGGACAACAUGUUUGUGAAUCGAAUCCUCGACACGACACACGACCUGUCGGCCGCGGACCCGCUUCACGUCCUGCUGGACAACCUGCCGGAAGACUUUGCAAUGACGAUGCGCGACGAGAAGACCGGACGCUACUGCUUACGAGCUGGCAUGAUUUGCUCCGCUCUUGGCUGGAAUCUGGGAGAGAAGAUGGGCAGGGGCCUGCCCGGCGUCCACAAGGGGGUGCCCGGCUACCAGGAGAAGCUGGCCUUGAGCGUGGAUCGCUUCUUCACCAAGAUGCCGGCCUCGAGCCCGAUCCAGAGAGGCUCCUGGGGCUUCGAGGUCGGCCAGCCGCUGUUCCUGCCCGCCGACCAUGCCGACUGGGGCCGUCGGAGCGUCCAGGACGAAUCGCUGCGUGAAGGAGACGUAUAUCUCCGAGUGGACUGGCAGACGCUGCGUCGGCUGCCGCUCUCUGGGGCCGUGGUCUUCAACUUCAAGGCCCUGUACACGCCUCUCUCCGAGUUUGUGGACGAGCCGUACAUCCCGUCCCUGGUCCUCAAGGUGCUGAACGAGGGCGACGAGGCCGUGAUGAAGUACAAGGGCACUUGGCACGUCGAGCAUGUCGUGAAACCCGCGCUGGCGAGAUAUGAGCGGGCACAGCUGGACAAGGGGUUGAUUGAGAAGGACUGGGAGGCACGAACGCUCGACGAGAGCCCGUUCUUUCCCGGGUGGCGGAGGAAGUGCCCCUAG